GGUGUGUGUGUGUGUGUGUGUGUGUGUGUGUGUGCCUGCCUAUUUGUCUUAGCUGUGCCCACAGUACUGGCCAGAAAACGGAGUGCACCGCCACGGACCCAUCCAGGUGGAGUUUGUCUCUGCUGACUUGGAGGAGGACAUCAUCAGCAGAAUAUUCAGAAUCUACAACGCAGCACGGCCCCAGGACGGCUACAGUAUGGUGCAGCAGUUCCAGUUCCUGGGCUGGCCCAUGUACAGAGACACGCCCAUGUCCAAACGCUCCUUUCUCAAGCUGAUUCGGCAGGUGGACAAGUGGCAGGAGGAGUACGACGGGGGCGAGGGCCGCACUGUGGUCCACUGUCUGAACGGAGGCGGCCGCAGUGGGACGUUUUGUGCCAUCAGCAUCGUGUGUGAGAUGCUCCAACACCAGCACUCCGUGGACGUUUUCCACGCUGUCAAAACACUGAGGAACAACAAACCCAACAUGGUGGAACUACUGGACCAGUACAAAUUUUGCUAUGAAGUGGCACUGGAGUACUUGAACUCUGGGUAAUGAAGAGACUUGACUUUUUGGGGUG